GUACAGGUAUGUUUUUUUUCUGACGUCAUACAGAUAGCGUGCAUCACCUGAACCACCUGAAAGCUGAAGCCACUGCAAGCCAGUCAGUGCAAAAUGUUCACGCGCAUCUGCGUCGCGUUUCUAGUGGUCUGCGCGGCGGUUGCACAGGACUCGGUCUGGGUGGAUGUGGAGCCGAACACAGAAGACCCUGGGGAUCCGGAGUGGCAGAACACAGAUGAACUGGCGUCAGAAUUGAAGCUAGCCAAUGAAAAGGCACUGUUGUUAUACACUGAGUACUCAGCGAAGACAGCUUCAAGUCUACGACACUUCCUCGAAGAGAUCAAUGGUUUUGGCAACCGGACCUUAGCUGUACUGGACACUGGAGCUGUGGAUAAUGCUCCUGAAUCCUGUCGGACUGACCUGCUGCAGAGUCUCUACGUGGUCGAGACGAAUGCCCGUCGGGCGGCCAUCUUCAGCGCUGAAAACCACCACAAAUUUCUGCUUGGGCACAUGAUCGUGUUCAGAAUGCAUCUCAAUAAGAGCGAAGACUUCAUAAAAAAAUGUGACAAAGCAGUCAAUACCUGCGGUGCUGCGUGCGAUAAAAUUCCUCGAGUCCAACGCUGGAGGAGGUAUGCAGCCAAUGAACUGCAUCGGUUCCUCGACGACCUCCAGCACUCCCGUAGGUCCUACAUGGACCUGCUCGUCCAUUCCCGGAAGAAACUCAAACAUCUGAGGAAGCAGGCGUCCAGGGAGGCUGAAAAAGCUGUGGGGGACUUCAAAUCCUGCUUGCGGAAAUGAUACUCUAUGAUGAAUGGUAUGAUAUGCCACAAAAUAAUACAAGAUUGGUUGAAAAGAGAAAGAAUUUAAUUUAAAAUAUUGCUAUUUUACGAUGUAAUUUUAUUAUUAGUUAUUAGUGAAUUUUGUGCCAAGUACUUGAUGAUUUUUCUGUGCCUCUUGCGUGUGGCAAUGAACUAAGGGCACGGAACUAUGGCAAAACAUCGUGAUUUUAUAAAUUGACGUGUAUAUAUAUCGCUAGGUUGUAAUCUGCUGGUGAAAAGCAAUUUAUAAAUUGACGAAAAUUUAAGCAUAGUUAUCGACAUAUUAUAUUGGUAUUAUAGUUAAAAAUAACAGUGCCGUGCCAUAGAGUAUGAUUAGUCGUAGUGGAGGCAAUGAUUUUUCGAAUAAUGAAAACAUAAAAUAUUGAAAACGAAAGUACGAAAAAGAAAAUCCAAACUUGUGUUCAAAAUGAAUGAAUAUGUUUUGUAAAUAUUAUAAUUGGUUCUUGAUUGGUUUACGUUUAAUGGAUCUAAGUAGUACUUUUGAUAAAAAUAUAUUUUAAAUAAAUAAAUGGCCAUAAUAUAGGUUUAGAAUAUUGACAUGCAAGUAACUGUUGUAUAAUUAAGAUUUAUUUUAUUAAUAUUGGCAUGCAAUCAUGACGUUUAUAAUACAAGUAACUAUGAAUCGCGAAGUGCUAAAUUAAAUUUCGCAUAAACUAGGACAUUCUAGUACAAAAAUAUGCAAGACACGUUUCAUAAAUGCAUAUCUAUUAUAUUUACUGAAACAUUUGGACAUGUCAUGUAAUAUUUCAUAUUUUGUAAAUAAAAAUCUCUCAGGUAUGUUUUUAGAAACAUUAUAAUUUAAUUUUUGAUUCAAUUUAUAGCCAGAGAUUGUAAAUGAACGUGUAUACAACAAUUAGAUAAAAAAAAAUUAAAUGUAUGGUUAAGUAAACAAUGUUAUUACGUAUUUAAAAAAAAUAUAUAAAUCUUUAUAAAUAUAGAUUUUGGAUAUUUACACAUUUUUAUGAUCGAAGUAUUUUCCUACAAUUUUAAUGGUGUAAGUGGUUUGAUGUUCUAAUUUAUUUUUUAUAUAAAAUGUUACCUUUGUAUCAGCUCUUAUUGAGGUUCACUGUGAUAGAUAAGAAAAGUGAUAUCGACUUAUUUCUAUUAUUUGUAAGCGCGAACUGAAAAAUAUAGAAAAAUACCUACAACUACCAUUUCUUGUAUCAACAAAGGGCUUAGCUCCCGUGGGAAUUUCGGGAUAAAAACACACUAUGUGUUAUUACAGGAUAUGUAUAUUCUACCCGUGUACCAGAUUUCAUAACAACAUACACACAAUACAUCCUCAGAAACUUGCGCAUUUAAUUAGAAUACACACAUAAAUUUUAAUAAAAAAAAGACUAGAUAAUUAAUAAUGGCUAAAAAAUCUUAUUAACUGACAGUUAAAACUAUAAAAAAAAAUUUCAUCAUGAAAUUCAAAUCUGUGGAUCCGAUAUGCAUAAGACAGACUUGAAGCGCGGCCAAUAGGCUCAGUCGUACUCCACUGUUUUAAUAUCCGUCGACGGCAAUGCAGAAAUUCUAUGGAUAUUCAGAAAUGAUAUAGUUAGGUAUACCUCAUUGUCAAAACCUAUGACAAACAACUUCAUGAUCAAAUGUACUACUUCGAUGCAACGUAUUAAUUGGACCUGCUGGCCAAUUCUGCUAUUUGUUAACCGAAACAGAUCGGCUCCGUUUCGCCUUGGUUACAGUUGUAAUGUCAAACGGUAUUCCAGUAACUUUAAGUUGAUAGCUGAAGCGCAAAUGAAACGGAAGCGGUUGGUUAUAGAGUCGCUUAGGAAAGGGUUACGGUGUUGCAACUCAAAAAAAAAAA